AUGACUGACGUCAUUACGGCUGGGACAAACCCCCCGAAUGACCCUCCACCACCGGGUGAUGGUCGGCGUGAUCAGCAGCCAGCUGAUCGGGUGGACCUCCCAAUGGAGGACCUGGAAGAGGGCCAGGAAGGCCAAGAGGAGGAGAACGUGGUCGCAGAGGCCUUAAAUCCACAGCAACAAGUAAGGUCUGACUCUGAGUAG